UUGAAAGUAGUGAAUUCUUCUCCCGGCGACCCUCAAAUCAAUGCUGAAUGGCUUGCUGAGCUGUUCUCUCAAAAGUGCGGGAUCUCCCAACCUCGAGAAUUCCAGAUCAAAAAUGGACUAGGCAUCAUCGAAAUCGAAAGGCACGAAGCCUUUCUAGUUAUUCCUCCAGGUCAGGGCAAGACGACAGUGUUCUGGGCCCCUCUACUUGCAGCUCGAGCACUCGGCGAGCGGGGCGUCGCGCUAUACAUUGUCCCUACCGAGCUACUUUCUACACAGCAGAGCGAGAGUGCCCGUCGAGUUGGGCUGCGCGAUCGCGCUGAACGAGGAUACGUCCGCGACGCGUACUGCGACAAGCGCGAUCUUUUCGACGAGCUGCAGAACGGCAAAUACAUCCGCAUCACUUUACUGAGUCCUCAAAUGCUUGCUGGGGAACGCAUGAUGAAGCUCUUGCGGAUAUCUGGCUUCAAAGACCUCAUCCGCUGGUUCAUGAUUGAUAAGACUCCAUAUCAUGGUCACAGGUGA